AUGUCAAUUUUCCCUUUCCCCCAAAGACGAAACACCCCUAAUCUCAUGGCACAAAAUCCCCAACCUCAAAUUCGACGUCGUUUCGACCAAUUCCCACUCCCCUCUCCUCCCAAACCGCCACACUCACCUUCUCCGCCGCCGCAUCCACCAAAUUCGCCUCUGUCUCCGUCGCAGAACCCAAUUUACAUAACCAUUUCGCGCCAACGACUUCUCAGCUCCUCAAGCACCCCCCUCGCCGCCUUGGCGUUUGUUCCCCGAGAUGUUGCUCUCUUCUCCGCCGGAGCCUUCGCUGGCGCCGCUGCUAAAACGUUCACUGCGCCGCUCGACCGUAUCAAGCUCCUCAUGCAGACUCAUGGUGUGCGGGUUGGGCAAGAUAGUGCUAAGAAGGCAAUAGGUUUCUUUCAGGCCAUAGCAGUUAUAGGGAAGGAAGAAGGGAUUAGAGGUUAUUGGAAGGGAAAUCUCCCUCAGGUGAUUCGGGUUAUACCUUACAGCGCCGUCCAGCUUUUUGCUUAUGAAACUUAUAAGAAAUUGUUCAGGAGACAGAAUGGUGAGCUCUCUGUUGUGGCAAGACUUUCAGCUGGUGCUUUUGCUGGCAUGACUGCCACUUUUAUAACUUACCCAUUAGAUGUUCUGAGAUUAAGAUUAGCUGUUGAGCCUGGUUAUCGAACCAUGUCAGAGGUUGCCUUUUGCAUGCUAAGGGAUGAAGGAUUUGCAUCUUUCCUACAAAGGCCUUGGGCCUUCUCUUAUUGCCAUAGCUCCUUAUAUUGCAGUGAAUUUUUGUGUUUUUGA